GAAAAAAAUUAAUUGGAGUUGCGGCAGAAACAGAAACACGAGAAUCUACAAUAAAACAGCCGCUGCAGCGCCAUGACUACAUCCACUUUCCACCACAAUCGUGUUCAAGCCUGAGAAGGGCGGUGUCAACAUAGAGCCGCACCUGUUCCAUCAUGGAAGACGUUGUGGAAUUCCCAGCCGCGAAACGGCAGCGUCGGGAGGAUGCUGUGAUCUCGACGGAGAAUAAACCUACCAGUUCCAGACUUUUUGCUCCGUUCAGGACUCUUGGCCUCGUUUCUCCCACUAGAGUUCCCUUCACCUCGGUGCCGCUAGGCAAAACCACGUUCCAGAUUACAACGUCGGUCGGUAACAGCCUGCACACCUACGAUCUCCGGAGGGGGCUCAACCUGGUCUUUCUCAGCCGUCCGCAAUGCCCGAAGCGCAUCACUGCCAUCCAUGCCCACCGAGAUCUUGUGUUUGCGGCCUGGGGAGGGACACAGCCCAAUGAGGCCCGUGGACUAUGGGUAUUCAAGCGAGGACGGUUGAUCGGGGAGCUCGACAGCAGCAACACGCAUCCGCAGGAGAUUGUGCAGAUACUAGUUUUUGGACCAUGGCUCGUCGGAUGCGGAGCUGAAGCAAUCGAAGUCUGGAAGAGCGAUUCCUACGAACACUAUACUACAAUCUUACCGUCGUCCACGUCGAUCGACAGCCGAACACAGGGGGUUUUCUCCGGGCAGAUCUGCACCUUGCCGACAUUGCUGAAUAAAAUCUGCGUGGGAAGGAGAGAUGGCCUUGUCGAGAUCUACAACAUUAGUACCGGACGUCUGGUACAUACACUCCUCGCUCCGUCUGCUCGUUCUGGCUCUGUCACAGCGCUUGCUCCAGCUCCAGCCAUCUGCCUUCUCGCAGUCGCGUAUGCUGACGGCUCUCUGGUCAUCGUCGAUGUCGAGGCCGACGAGCAAGUUCUUGAGCUGCGUCAGAGAAAUACGAAAAAGCCUGUCACGUCCAUCAGCUUCCGCACUGAUGGCAUGGGGGCAGGCGAGGACGGCCGCAAGGACGGUGUUAUGGCCACAUCAAGCACGGAAAGCGGCGACAUCACCUUGUGGGAUCUCAAUCGUGGCGGCAGAGUGAUGGGUGUGAUACGAGGUGCUCACGAGACAUCGAACUUGGGCCAGGGGACUGGUGUGAACAAGGUGGAAUUUCUACCUGGUCAGGCUGUCUUGAUCUCGUCCGGACUAGACAAUGCCCUUCGAUCAUGGGUAUUCGAUCAGAACCCGUUCUCGCCUAUUCCACGUCCCUUGCAUUCCAGAAGCGGACAUGCAGCCUCCGUUACGAAGCUCGAAUUCCUCCCUGCGGCGUCGGAUGGGUCAGACGCAGCUGGCAAAUGGCUUUUGUCCGCGGCCCAGGACCGAAGCUUGUGGGGACUCAGUUUGCGCAAAGAUGGACAGAGUACAGAGUUGAGUCAAGGUGCUGUGAAACACAAGGCCCGUAAGGUUGGACUUCUUGGUGACGACUCGGCCGGAGUCGAGGAUUUCAAGGCCCCACCAAUCAUCGACAUGGCUUGUUCAUUGAGCCGUGAUGGCGGUAUGGGCGCGGUCAACGGUCCAGUGUGGGAAAACGUCAAGAAGGUCAACGCCGAGGAGGUUAGCAUGACGGGAUGGGAGAGCAUCGUCACGGCCCACGCCGAUGAUCGAUUUGCACGAACCUGGUCAUGGGGAAGGAAGAAAGCAGGCCGAUGGGCCUUUGAGACGGGAGAUCGCAAGCCGGUUACGAGUGUGGCGAUCACCGCAUGCGGCACCUUCGCGAUCGUGGGCUCAGCCGGGGGGAGUCUCGAUAUGUUCAAUCUGCAAUCCGGCGCACACCGUCAACGGUAUCCCCCUCGCCUGCCCCCUUCUCAAGUCAAAGCAAUGAAAUUGCAACAACAGACGCCAUCUGACGCAGUGGUAGCCUCGUCAGCCCGAGGCCAUCGCGACGCCAUUACGGGCAUCAUUGUCGACAAUCUCAACCGGACCAUGGUCUCUACCAGUCUAGAUGGAUCAAUCAUAUACUGGGAAUUCGCCACAGGCAGGAUCCUCGAAAAGACAAAGUUCGACGGGGCGAUGCCCACAGCUAUUCGCUACAACCCCGUCUCAGGGUUGCUGGCAAUAUCGUGCGACGACCUAUGUCUGCGAGUCGUCGAUGUCGAAACUCGCAAGACAGUCCGUGAGCUGUGGGGAUGUGUGGGCCAGAUCUACGAUUUUUGCUUCUCCCACGACGGAAGAUGGAUUGUCGCAUGCUCCAUGGACUCGGUUGUUCGCGUCUUUGAUCUCGCGACAGGACAUCUCGUCGACGCAUUCAAGACAGCCACUUGUACGGGCGUUGCGUUCUCAAGCACCGGCGAGUUUCUAGCCACUGCACAUGCUGGGCAGCCAGGCAUCAACAUCUGGACGAAUAAAACCUUGUUCACGCACAUUCCAACCAGACAAAUCGACGACAUGGAAGGCAUCAUCGAUCUCAGCGAGACGGCCGAGUUCCAAGCUGCGAGCCAAUUGGCUAUAGAACAGGCCACCGACAGUGCCACAGCGGGAGAGUACGACGACCAAGUGGACAGUCCAUCAUCGACUAUAGACCAGCUCGACCAGAAACUACUUACAUUGUCCCUCGUUCCUCCGUCAAGAUGGCAAACCCUGUUGAAUCUCGAAAGCAUCCGGCAACGGAACAAGCCGGUCCAGCCUCCGGAAAAGCCCAAGGCCGCCCCCUUCUUCCUGGGGACAAGUCUCACCACCAUCAAUGGCGGCGCUCUCACAGACGGCACCAACAAUGCCCUCGCCCUCGAUCAGGAUACCAAACAAAUCGAAGAAACCGAACGGUCUCGAAUCUCCCGGCUGGCGUCGACCGCACUAUCCGAACAGCAUCACUCGCAAAUGUCUACUAUCUUGGACAAGUUUGCAUCUGAUCCGCGAGGCGACCCAUCUCCCCUAGCUGAUUAUCUGACGGCUUUGCCUCCUUCUGCCGCCGACCUCGAGAUCCGCUCGCUGACACUGCAUGAGAUGUCCGUGUUUGUCCGCGCUCUGACCAGUCAACUUGGACUAAGAAAGUCCUUUGAACUGGUCAACACGUGGAUGAGCGUCUUCCUCAAGAUCCAUGGUGACUUCGUUGGCGAAGUCAAGGAGCUGAGUGAUGCGGUGCUCGCGUGGCGCGACGCCAUGGACAGGGAAGAAAAGCGGUUGAGCCAGUUGGUCGGCUAUACGAGGGGUGUGGUAGAUUUUUUGCGUAGUGCUCGGUAGAGUGGGACCCCAUCAUGUCCAUCCAAUACUAUAUCAAUAAUGGUGAUGAUGAUGAUUUGUGAUUGUAUAUUUUUAUUUCUUUUUGCUGGUUCGGCGGCCCAGCCUGCCCUUGAAACAUGUCCUGCACUGUCUUGCACAGCACGAGGCCGCUGGACGGUCGGGUUUGCGCUGACAUGUUUCGACAGGCCAACCCGCCGGAUGUUGAGGUUUUUUUUUCUUGGAAAAAGCUAUCUCCAAGUGAGUUACUUGAGUUCGUGAGAACGCGGAGUCAAGAAUAGUAGGGGUCGUAACUGCCUCCGCCCACCAGGAUGCGCUGUGAACACCCGAACUGUGGCGCCUUGCGACAACAAGAGCUGUCGUGGCUAAAAGUCUUGGUCCGAGGGAAGACUGCCGGCACAGAAAGGAGCGGAAACAUGAAUUGACCCAACGGAGACUUGACCUUGACCACGGGCCAAUGGCCCGUUAUACAGCUAGCAACCGUCCUUCGUGCCUUUUCUCUUUGGCAUGAAUGCAUCUGCUGCGCCUGUCAUUCGAAGGGCAGCACAGCGCGAGGCGGCCGGAUCCAAACUCUAAGAUGAGUAAUAACAGUUAGACCGGGUUUUCGGGUCCAUGUCACCAGUUUUGUCAGUCCCUAAGAUUUUCCCGAAAGAGGGAUUGAUUUAGUGGAGGACAAGAACCGGACGCCAUUUGGCAUGCAAACUCCCC